UUUAGUUUUUGAUGGGGAUGGCGGGAGAGAAUUAGCUUCGAUUGUUGAUUUUUCUAAACUUCCUUUUUAUGUACUAGUUCUUAUCUUCAAGGAAGUGUUUGUUCAAAAUCUGCACUCGAGAAAUCGGAGAUAAGUGCUUUCAGCUGUACUGUUAAAAGCAGUAGAUCAAGGCAUACAGUUCAUAGUAGAGAUCCGCAAAGUGAUGACUAGGGGAAAAACUGUAAAUUCUGCAUGACUUAAAAGGAACAGUGAUUUUGAAAAGUUCUCAUGGUUUAUCUUGAUACUUAAUAAAAAGGUUCUGCGAAUUAACAUUUUGGGAAUUAAACAUUUCUGAUAAUUGGAUAUAAAUCUUCAAAUAUUAUUCACUUCUAUUCCCCUCCAUUUAGGUAGCAUCCUAUAAACUAGAAAAGGGUCAAUGAAGGGCGCCAUCAAUUAGGAAAUAGUGAAAUAAGUGACCCCAAGAUUGUAAGGGGAAGAGAACUAGUUUCUCAGUUUUGCAAGACUCUAACUUUACUUAGGAAUAAGUAAAUGAUAAGUAAGUCAUCAAAUGAUGAGUGUAGGGAGGGAUAUAGCAGCACAUUGGAAGUGAAGGAGCUAGAUGAGAAAAAAGGCAGGGGAGCAGUGACUGCCAGUGUCUCAAAGGUAAAUAGUGUGUCUGGGAAGGCUCAAAUUGCUGAUUGGAUGCCAGCACAUUUUCUCUGUUUUAUUUGAGUCCAAAAGGACGGUACAGAAGACUUUCCAUAUCUGGGAGACCACACUGCCAUCCUUCAAGAAAUCAGAGUUCUCGGUUAUUCGGCAGCAUGAGGACUUCAUCUGGUUGCAUGACACCUUGGUAGAGAAUGACGAAUAUGCUGGUAUUAUUAUACCUCCAGCACCUGCCAAACCUGACUUUGAUGUUGCAAGAGAAAAGAUGCAAAAGCUGGGCGAAGGGGAAGGCUCCAUGUCAAAAGAGGAGUUUAAUAAAAUGAAGCAAGAACUCGAAGCGGAGUACUUAGCUGUCUUUAAAAAGACUGUGUCCAUCCAUGAAGUCUUUCUUCAGCGACUUGCAGUUCACAGUGUUUUGGGCAAAGACCAUAACUUCCACGUUUUCCUGGAAUAUGACCAGGAUCUAAGUGUCCGAAGGAAGAACACAAAGGAGAUGUUUGGUGGAUUUUUAAAGAGCAUGAUGAAGAGUGCUGAUGAAGUACUCGUCUCUGGAGCCAGGGAUGCUGAUGAGUUCUUUGAACAUGAGAAGACCUUUCUUGUAGAAUAUGGCAUGAAAAUUAAAGACUCAGCAGUAAAGGCAGAAAAAAUGACAAAAGUCCACAAAAAUGUUUCUGAUGAUUACCUUAAUUUAUCCUCUUCCUUGAAUGAACUUGCGAUAGAUAAUAAAGCUCCACUGAACAACUACUACAUAAAACUUUCAGAGCUGUUUGAAAAGCUCAGGAAAGUAGAAGGAAGAGUGUCAAGUGAUGAAGACUUGAAGAUGACAGAAUUGUUAAAAUAUUAUAUGAGAGACAUACAGGCAGCAAAGGAUCUUCUAUACAGGAGAGCAAGGGCACUUGUUGAUUAUGAAAAUGCCAACAAAACCUUGGAUAAGGCUCGAAUAAAGGGUAAAGAUGUGAAACAGGCAGAGCUCCAGCACCAGCUAUGCGGUCAGAAAUUUGAAAAGCUUUCAGAGUCUGCAAAGCAAGAACUAACUGCAUUCAGAGCCAGGCGAGUAGGAGCAUUUCGAAAAAACUUGAUUGAAAUGACUGAGCUGGAACUGAAACAUGCCAGAACCAAUGUACAGAUGAUACAAAGUUGCCUGGCUGCGUUGAUGAGUAAUUAGUGCCAUUUGACUGGACGAGGGCAGGAAUCAACGACCUCAUUUGAUGCACAAGAAAGAAUUUAUAAUUUGCAGCCUGAAGUCAUUGCACAUUUCUGCUGCAAUAUCUCUUGUCGUGAAAUAGGCUGUGCGUGCCCCUAUAAUCCUUUAUGGUUUGUAUCUCUGCUGCUGUUUAACUCCUAAAAGCUUGAAUAAUGCGCAAAGUAAUACCUUUCUUAAAAAAAAAUCUGAACGUUGUUCCACACAAGUGCCUGCUGAUUGUAGAACUUCACAGUGACUUCCAAGACUGAAGCUGGACCAAAUUUUAUAUGUUCAUGUUCAUGUACAUUGCUUAAACUUGGUAGAAAUAUUUGACACUAAUUGGCAUUCAACUUGUAUUUGUACCCAGGUUGUUUAGCCAAUGCUUUAAAUCAUGUUUAGGGUUUUAACAAAUUUUCCAUUUGUCUGUUCAAGAUUACCAAACGGACACUGCUGGUUUCAGCCUAGACUAAAAUCUUCCCAUUUUGACAUUGCGUGAUUUCAAAGCUCUUUGCUUUAAAUUUAACUUUAUUUAUCUUAAUUUUCUCAAGAAAACUAAGCUUGGAGUUAAUGUUAGUCAUGCUUUUGGUUCCUGGGUUCAAUUUGUAAAGAAAAAAUGAUUGAAAUUUGAGUAGUUAUGCCCAUAGAAAGCAAAUGAUCCAUAAUGCUUAUGGUAUUCUAGGAUUGUACUAGUUGUCUAGCACUUGUAGGGUUAAUUUUGCCCCAUCCCACCCCAUCACUCUAUCCUCACUUCAAAAUCAGUCUUGAAGUUAGUACUUAAUAUUUUAGAUGAAAGAUUCAAACUGCGGAGAACUUGGAAUGUUUGCUUCUCUUCUGCCAAUGAAUUUUUAAUUUCUCUCCUCUCACCAAUUACAGCAAAGUCAACUCCAGUUUGAUUUUCUCAUUUUAAAGACUGAAAAUUUUAGAUCACGUUGAAAGACGCUUUGAAGUGCAUAGUGGACCUUUGUUACUCUUUACUUUUCCUAUCAAUUUGGGUUGAGAGAUGAAGUGGAAUUACGACAUUUAGUUUUCCUUUCUAACAUCAGUCCAGUUUGUUUGAACCAUCGGGAGGAUACGAGGCUGGGUGCAAACUAAGAGGCUGUCAAUUACGAGCUAUGAGCUCUUAAGGAAAUUCCACUUCUAAAACAAUAAGAUGAGGGCAAUAGCUAAGACACUGUGUCUUUUCUGUAUUUUAUCCUACGAUGAAGGGAAGAACCCAGAUGCAGAGGGUGUGAUAUUUGAUCAUUCCUGAAGUUAGCUUUGAAGGACACAAUGGAAUGUUUUUGUUAAAGCUCUUGAUUUUGUAGUUUGUUUUGCAUUGUUCUACAUUGAUCUGAAUUGUUUUCUGCAUUUCCUAAUAAUUAAUGGAAAACAGGAAGUCCAAUGUGAAAUCUAAAAUUUGAGACUGUUACAUUCAGGGCACUUUUGGUUAUGUUGUUGAUGUCCAUGUAUGUGCAUAUAUGAAUAAAUGCUAAUAAUGCA